AUGCUGGAGACAAGAUCAGCGGUUUACAAAAUGUUGCAGCCAUCAGCGAGUGAAGAAAGAAGGAUUGUUAAAUGGCCGCCUCCAUAUUCUAUGACUAUGACACCUUACCAGGAAAGAGAUUUUGAUGUAACAGUACGCCGGGCAUGUUUGUCAGUAUCUAGUGCUCCCAGAAUAUCAAAACUUAUUGUCCUCGGUGAUGUUGCUGUUGGUAAAACUUCACUGGUCAAUGUUUUUUGUCACAAAAAAUAUAAUAAUAAUUACAAACCUACUAUUGGGGUUGAUUUUGAAGUUGAGAGAUUUGAUAUUCUCAAUGUUCCCUUCAAUUUACAAAUAUGGGAUACUGCAGGCCAAGAACGUUUUAAAGCAAUAGCUGCGUCGUAUUACCGUGGUGCUAAUAUCAUAAUGCUCGUAUUUGAUCUAACAAGUUUACUAUCACUGUCUCAUUGCAAGCAAUGGUUGGAAGAAGCUGCUAGAUCAAAUACUGGAAAUUAUUUUGUAUUUCUUGUUGGUACUAAAAGAGAUUUAAUGUCGACCCAAGUCUAUGAGAUAGUAGAAAAACGUGCCAUCACAAUCGCCGAGUGUCUGAGAGCCGAAUACUGGUCAGUUUCUUCAAAAACCAAUGACGGAAUCACCGAGUUAUUUUCCCGAAUCGCAGCUCUGUCAUUUAACGCCGCUAUUAUCCGGGAGCUUAAUUCAACAAAACAGGAGCAAAAAAUAGGAACAAAUUUAAUCACAUUGAAGCGUCAUGAACCUGAAAUAGAAAAAAAAAGCAAGUUUAUUAAAUGGCCGUCAUGCUUCAACUGA